GAGAAGUUCAGGGUGUUAUAACUGCAUAGCCCAUAUGCAAGUAGCUGGAGGAAAGACUGAAGGUGUUGACUAGAGCCAUGCCUCGGGGUCCAAAUCCCUACCCAUGUCCAUGUGACCACUCUUGCCCAUGGCCCACCUGCCCCUCCCACAUCCACCCCAGCUUAACUGAUGUGCAAGGUCACCCAAUGCCACACCCUGGGACUGUUGCCGAACCCCACAGGUGGCCCCCAGGUGCAGGGUGCUGGCCACCUGGCACAGCCCUCUGUUCUGUCUGAUGGUCUAGACCUGGCUUUGCUGAGGAUCCUCCAUUUAUCCAUUCGCACUGGCAGAUGUCUCUGAGCAGGGGCAUGAGGCUGGCAGAGGGCCAGGUCACCCUGAGGGCGCCCCUCUUGCUGUUUGCAUUCUGGGCAGUGCUGGCUCCUGUGCAGGGUUCUCAAGGGCAUCCCUCAUGGCGCUACAUCUCCUCUGAGGUGGUAAUUCCCAAGAAGGAGCCGCACCACAGCAAGGGCAUUCAGAUGCCUGGAUGUCUGUCCUAUAGCCUGCGUUGGGGCAAGAGACAUGUUAUGCACAUGCGGCACAAGAAACUCUUUUGGUCCACUCUGCUGAUGAUGACUCAGGAUGCUCAGGGAGCCUUGCAGAUGGACUACCUCAUGCCUCCAGACUGUUACUACCUCGGCUACCUGGACGAGAUUCCUUUCUCCAUGGUCACAAUUGACACAGGCUAUGGCAGCCUUGAAGAUAUCAUGAAGUUGGAUUAACUUGCUUAUGAAAUGAGACCCCUCAGUUAUUUCCAAUGGUUUGAACACUUUGUUUCUCAGAGAGUCGCAGACAUCUGUGCAAUGGGACCCACUUAUAACCUAGGAUAUAAGGAGGACAGGGGACCCCCUGUUCCUCAAGGAAAUGCCAGUGCAACCCCAAGGAUCUCUAGCAGAUGCUAUACAGACUGCACCAACUCCGCUGCUAGGACACCCUGCAGACCAAUCCAAAAUAUACGUGAUCUUCCAGAGUCCUGCCAUGUGACCUUGGCGUACCCUGAUGACUUCCAUAUGCAAGAUGGAACCGCGUGCACUGAAGAGGGCUGCUGCCAUCAUGGAAACUGCACUGACCGCACUAUGCACUGCCAAGAAAUCUUUGGCAGAAAUGCUGUGAAGGCUGAAAAUGUCUGCUAUACCAUAAAUCAAAAAGGCAGCCGAUAUGGACACUGCAGCAGAGACCCAGGGGUAUUCAAAUCUAAACCCUGUUCCCCCACAGACAUGCAGUGUGGAAGGCUGCAGCGUAGUAACGUCACCCAUCUCCCUCAGCUGCAAGAGCAUGUUGGAUUUCAUCAGUCUGAGAUCUCAGGGUUCUGGUGUUUUGGGCUGGAUUCGCAUCGUAGCACAGGAACAACCGAUAUUGGUCAUGUGAGAACCGGUACCCCCUGUGCUCCUGGAAAGUUCUGUCAGGAUACCUACUGCAAUGGCAGUGUGGCUCAGCUGAACUAUGACUGUAUCCCGGAGAAAUGCAGUCACAGAGGGAUAUGCAACAAUAACAGGAACUGCCAUUGCCACGUAGGCUGGGAUCCUCCGUGGUGCACUGAACGAGGCACUGGUGGGAGCACAGACAGUGGACCCCCUCCAAGAAGAAUGCGGUCAGUCAGGCAAAGUCGUGAAUCCGUGGUAUAUCUCAGAGUGAUCUUUGCUAGAAUCUAUGCCUUAAUGCUGCAUUCCUCUUUGGGGUUGCCGGAAAUGUCAGAACUAUCAACAGACAGAAAGUUACGGGUGAUGGAGGGCUACCACCCACCCAUACUGCCUGUCCCACACUGGCGUGUCUGUGGGCUGUCAGGGAAAGGGACAUGGAUUCGACCCCAGCCAGUGCAAGCUGUGCCUCCCUGGAGAGCAAAUUUCCGAAUGUGGGGGACUGAGACUAUAAGGCUGAAAGUAGCCCCCAGUGAAAUCAAUCAGAAAGGUGUCCAGUGUGACGUGCAGCUGGUGGAGUCUGGGGGAGACCUGGCGAAGCCUGGGGGGUCCCUGAGACUCACCUGUGUGGCCUCUGGAUUCACCUUCAGUAGCUAUGGAAUGCACUGGGUUCGCCAGGCUCCAGGGAAGGGGCUGCAGUGGGUCGCAUAUAUUCAUACUGAUGGAAGUAGCACAUACUACGCAGACUCCGUGAAGGGCCAAUUCACCAUCUCCAGAGACAACUCCAAGAACACGCUCUAUCUGCAGAUGAACAGCCUGAAGACCGAGGACACGGCCACAUAUUACUGUGCAAGAGACACACACGCUGAACCUUUACAGGAGUCCCAGAUGCACUCACUGUGCAGCCAGGACUACAGGAGCCCCCAGACCCCCAUUAUCUUCACCCAGCACUUGUACCAACAGUGUGACACUUCCCUCCUGGCACUUGCUACUCAGGACUUUAAUGAGCUACAGCUUUAUCCAAUUCCUCUAAAGAAGAGAUAA